AUGCUGAAGCUUUUCUGAUGAAAAACACCAAAGCCAAGCUGUGUUUAGAAGCCAGCCCAACGACCGUGAAUUUAUUGCUGGAGGACUGUAAUCCCGAGUCGGAUUUCCAGGACUGGUCUUGGCGAGGCAAUUCGUUGAUGAACCACGGCACGCGGACCUGCCUCUCCACAGCAAAGGAUGACAGGGUGCAGACAAGUCCCUGUGGCAGCACAAGCUGGGACUGCUCAGAUGCGGCGCUCUCCCCUCUGGGCAGCAGCCAGAGCUACCUGGUGGUGAACAGGAAAGGAGUCGCUCUCAGUAACGUGAGAGGCCUCAGGGCUCAGUGGCAAGAUGUUGCAGACAGGAGCGUGUGCGAGGAGAAAGCAGCUGAGAUAGAUCACUUCUUUGCGGCCCUUGCGAGUACACACGUGUAUGACCACACAGCGGGCAACUUGACCCUGGCGCUCGGCAUCGAUCAACACCAGCUGGAGGAGCUGCUCUGGUUCUUCCGCAGAGAAGACCCAUCAACGUGGAAUUACUCUGUCCUUGCACUUUCCUUCGUGGCCAUGAUUUUGGGUCUUCUCCUUCUGACCAUUAACAUUGUGCGAAACAGGAAAAGGAAGACCCACAUGUACAGAGAAACGGUGGAAACUAUGCAGGAAGCUGAGCUGGAAGGCAAACAAGCCCUGAUGCCCGUGCAGGGGUACAGCCCGGCUGAAACACAAAAGCAGGAGCUGACGCCCCAGGACCAGAGAUCGGGGGAAGUGGUGGUCCAGUGGAAGGAUGGGACUGUCACGUCUCUGUACUCAGCGGCAUCUGAGGACGCCACAUAA